AGUUUUUCCACUCUCUCUCUCUCUAUAGGCGCGCACACACCUUCAAAACGGUUACCGAUUUACUAUAUCUUCAACACCACCUUCACGCUCCUUCUAGAGCGAUCAUUAUCGUAAUCUUCAUCACUCUGAAUCUCCCUUUCUCUCUCUAAAGCUCUUUCUCUGUAUCUGAGCGAUGGAUCCAAACCCUAAUACCUUCCCGAUUCUCUCCUAUGUGAUGUCCAAACUCCCCAGUAUCGGCCCCAAACACGCCGCCGCUAUGGAAUUCGACAUCGAGCAACCUCCGCAGGCGCCGCCGUCUUCUGACGGUGCGAAUUCCAAGGAACCGUUGUUUGACCUGGCGGAUCGGAUGCCUCGGUUGACGGACCCCAAAGUGAUUGCCUCCAUGCGAUCCGCGGUCUCUGAAGUGGCUCAGGCUCGAUCGAUCCUUAAAACCCUAGGUGACCGGCCUGACCACGAGACGGUUGAUACCGCGAAGGCGAAGCUCGUCGAGAUCGAGUCCAGACUCUCGAAACAGCUCGGAGAAAUCAUGUUGUCGUCUCGGCCGACGGAUGUCGAUCGGCUCGAGUGGCGGUCGCUCUUGGCCGGGAAAGAGAAGGACUGCCGGGACGCGGCGGAGAAGGAGAGGCAGGUGUAUAAGUCUGUGAUAUUGUUGGAUCAAAUGCACGAGGCGUACGGGAAGCUGUUGAACGAUUCGGAGGCGAAAUUGGUGAAGAUUUAUGAGUCGGCGGUGGCUGGUCGUGAUAUGGAGGAGGAGGAGGGAGAGGUGGUGGAGGAGGUGAAUGAGGAGGUUGUUGGGAUUUUGCAAGAGGCGUCCGGGAAGGAGAUAGGGAGGAUCGAUCUUUCAGGCCGGCGAUUGCGUUUGCUCCCGGAGGCUUUUGGGCGGCUUCGUGGAUUGGUUGUGCUUAAUCUGUCCUCCAAUCAACUUGAGGCUAUUCCUGAUUCUAUUGGAGGUCUGGAAAAUCUCGAGGAACUUAAUCUCGCUUCAAACCUUCUGGAUUCUUUGCCGGACUCCAUUGGGUUGUUGCUUAAUUUGAAGAUUCUAAAUGUUUCUGGAAAUAAGCUUUUUGCCUUGCCUGACAGCAUUUGUCAUUGCAGGUCAUUGGUGGAGUUGGAUGUGAGCUUCAAUAAGCUGGCUUACUUGCCAACAAACAUUGGAUAUGAACUCGUGAACCUGAGAAGGCUUUCUGUCCAGCUGAACAAGAUUCGUUCUCUUCCCACUUCCAUAGGUGAAAUGAGGUCUUUGUGUGUCCUGGAUGUGCACUUCAAUGAGCUCCGUGUUCUGCCACUUGCAAUUGGGAGGUUGACAAAUCUAGAGAUCCUCAAUCUGAGCAGUAAUUUCACUGACCUAACAGAACUUCCUGAAACAAUCGGUGAUUUGACCAAUUUGAAGGAACUCGACCUCAGCAAUAACCAGAUCCAGGCCCUUCCCGAUACAUUUGGCCGGCUUGACAAUUUGACCAAGCUCAACUUGGAAUCAAACCCUCUUGUAAUUCCACCGAAGGAGGUUGUCAAUCUAGGGGUUGAGGCUGUCAAGGUUUUCAUGGCUUAACAUGAUUCGUUUCACAAGGUCUAGAAGAGCGGAAGAGCAUGCUUGAAGUGAAAGAGCAGACACCGACUGGUUGGCUAACUCGCAGCACGUCCUGGCUGAAUAAUGUCGUGUCAGGUGUUUCUGAAUCUGUUUCAGGAUAUUUGGGAACUGUUAGAAAAUCCCCUGUGGAUCCUUAUCUUAAUCAGCAGCUAUGAUCUCAUUUUCCACUGAGUGAUGCUUUUGUGUAUGUGCAUUUGAUGCGAUGAUAUUGAAGUCUCUUCAUCACAGGUACUCCACUUUCUGUUCCUCGUUUGGCAGACAUUUAAGAGGUAUAAUCAAAAGUUUUUUUUUUAUUUUGUUAACUAGAAUUCUGAGAAAUGUUCAUAGGCUUUGGGGAAAAAAUGUCAGGAUUUUUUUUUUUUUUUUAAUAUUUGCAGUUUGGAAGAUAGAAAAGAGAGAGAAAACAACAAUCCUAAGCUGAUAUAUAACUUUUUGGAUGUGAUUAAUAUUGUUGUUGGUUUGGGGUGUGUUUUUUGUCAAACCUUUUACUUUCUUGUAAGUUGCAAGGGUUCUUUAGUUAGUUACUUUCACAUAUUGUAAAUUCUGAACAUUUAAAAAUUAGGAUAAAUUACACUUGGCUCUUUCAAGUUUGUAAAAAA